UGAGCGCUCAUAACGGUGGUUAAUUUGAAUGAAUAUAAUGAUGUGCACGCUACGUAUUGUUUGACUUACUAAAUCAAAUCGUUGUGUUUUUACUUUGUAUCAUAUAAAAUUAAUACAAUUAAUAAAAGUUCAAAAUUAAUCAAAACUGACAAGAAUAAAAUACACAAGCAUGGAUGUUCCGAAAACGCUACGGUUGAGGUUGUUCCUGAUGCUGGGAGCAUAUCUUAUAUUUAUUACAACUGCAAGUUGUUCUGUUAAUGAAAAAUGCACAGUGAGCAAGUACAGGAACGCCGAUGGACGGUGCAAUAACGUCCAUCGACCGAAUUGGGGCAAACGGAACUCUCCGUUUCUUCAAUUUCCAUCGGAAAUUCAAAAUGAAUCGUAUUCGACUAAAUGGCCUGAGGCUUCGGAUGUAUCAGAAAUAUUAAGUAGGUCUUCACUAGCUGGCAAUAAACAUUUGACUGUUAUGUCGGGGAUGUGGGCCGAUUUUAUCAGAUUGGAUUUAGCCGUAGAAAAUAUAACUGACAAUGCAGUUUUUUUAAACGCUGCAACUAGUUUCUUAGAUGCAUCUCCGAUAUAUGAUAGUGAUUCUUGUGAAACAUCCACUAUGAAAGUCACUAAAUCCCAAUCUGGUCAUCUAAAAAUGACUCCAUGCACUAGCUCUUUGUCCGAAAACUCCGAUUAUUCAAUCACAAUUCAUAAUUUAUUAAUAUUGGAACAUAAUCGUUUAGUUGAAAAAUUGAGGGAUGUUAAUCCAGAAUGGUCAAACAAUACAAUUUUCGAAGAAGCUAAACGAAUAACAAUCGCUCAAUUGCAACACAUCACGUAUAAUGAAUUUAUUCCCAAUGUCAUUGGACACGCAAUAAUGAAUGAAUGGAAUCUAAAUCCACUAAAACACGGAUAUUAUUCAGGUUAUUCAAGUUCAAAUCAACCUGGUAUUAUGCAAAGCGUAUACGCAACGGUUUUACCUAUAUUGCCUUCAAUUAUAUUCGAUAAAUACAAUCAAAACAAUUUAGGUGAUACUGAAAAUUAUAGUUUGUCAAAAAAAAAUAUUGAGAUGUUGUUGAAUUUGGGUAGACAAAUGAAAAUUCCUGGUUAUAAAAUAUGGAAAAAUGUAUGUUCAAGUGGAUCAUUCCAAUCCGAUGAUAAAGGUGUAGAUAAAAUUAAUAAAACAUUAUACAGUAUAAAUAUUUUUAAUAGAACUUACAGUGAUAUUGACUUGUUAUCUGGAGGUUUACUAGAAACACCAUUGAAAGGAGCUGUUUUUGGUCAAACAUUUUCUUGUUUACUUUCAAAUCAGUUUUCUUUAAUCAAGAAUAGUGAUCGAUUUUGGUAUGAAAACGAUUUUCCCCCUUCUACGUAUAGCAAAGGUCAAUUGCAAGAAAUUAGACAAAGUACAUUGGCUGGAUUAGUUUGUGAAAAUUUCGAAGACGUAACGAUGAUACAACCGAAAGCAUUUAUUGAUCGAGAUGAUUAUUUAAAUCACCCAAUAAAUUGUGACCAACAUUCUAAACUAGAUAUUUAUCAAUGGAAAGAUAAUUCAGUAAUCGGUAACGACCAAAUGACAGUUAAUAAAACGGAACAAGAUUCUGAACAGAUUAACAAUCAAAUUUUAGUAAGAGAAGCGUGGAGAAAGGCCGAGGAUGACGUUAGCAGAAGAAAGCAAACUGAAUUUCUGUUAUGGUCAAAAAAAGGAGGAGUGGAUCCUAAGUCUCCUCUCGGAACUGCUGCUGCAUUUAGUAAAGCAAGUAAAUCAUCAUUAAUAUUGGCCAAUAACUCAUUAUUAUUUGAAUAUGCUUCAAAAGAAAUAUUGAAAUCAUUAGAAAAGCGACGUCGUCGCCGUCAAGUCUUGGACAGCAGUGAUCCAUUAUUUAGCUUAAAUUCUUUAGGACAUAACUUCUUCGAUGGCUUAAAAUUUACUGAACUUUAUACUCCCCCUAUACAUUUUAGCGAUGGCGAAUGUCCUAUUGAAACACAUCCUUGUGACGUUAAUAACCCAUAUAGAUCAUUUAGUGGUUAUUGUAAUAAUUUAAAUAACCCAAAUUUUGGUAAAGCAUUGACGACUUUUCAACGUUUAAUGCCAGCUGCUUAUGAAAAUGGAAUAAAUCAUCCAAGAGUGACAUCUGUGACUGGUGUACCAUUACCAUCUGCUCGAUUAGUGAGUGCUAUGUCUCAUCCAGAUAUCAGUCAUUUACAUGGCCGUUACACGCUAAUGCUUAUGCAAUUCGCUCAGAUCUUAGAUCAUGACAUAACAUUUACACCAGUUCACAAAGGAUACUUCUCAUCUAUACCUGACUGCCGGUCGUGUGAUAGUCCUAUAACAGUUCACCCUGAAUGCAUGCCGAUACAAAUACCAGAGGGUGAUCCGUUUUAUCCUCAUAUAAACCCGACUACUGGAGUUAGAAUGUGUUUACCAUUUAUGAGAUCAUUACCAGGCCAACAACGUAUUGGUCCUAGAGAUCAAACCAAUCAAAAUUCUGCGUACUUAGAUCUGUCCAGUGUUUAUGGUUCAGAUUCAUGUAUGGCUAAAGACCUAAGGGCGUUUCACAUUGGAAAACUAAAUGUUACUAGACAUCAUAUACCAUUGAGAAAAGAUUUAAUGCCUCAAUCUUCUAUACAUCCUGAAUGUAAAUCUUCAUCUGGCUACUGUUUUAUAGGAGGUGACGGUCGUGUGAGUGAACAAGCUGGACUGACUUCGCUCCACACAAUUUUUAUGAGGGAACACAAUCGUAUUGCCGAAGUUUUAAACAGACUUAAUCCACAUUGGAAUGACGAAAUAAUAUAUCAAAAUACAAGAAAAAUAUUUACAGCAUCUUACCAACAAAUCGUAUACAACGAAUUCUUGCCAAGGAUUUUAGGUUGGGAUGCUGUGGAUAAAUAUGACUUGAGACUUUCUUCAGCCGGAUAUUACAAAAGUUAUUCUCCCGACUGUCAUCCGGGACCUUUUACUGAAUUUGCUGUAGCCGCUUUUCGAAUUGGUCAUAGUUUAUUAAGACCUCAUAUUCCUAGAAUGUCGCCAUCAUAUCAUCCUCUAGAACCAGCAUUAUUAUUGAGAGAUGUAUUUUUCAAUCCUGAUGUAAUUUAUAGGGACCAAAUGGUUGAUGAAAUAGUAAGAGGUCAAGUUAGCACACCUAUGGAAAAUUUAGAUCAAUUUAUUUCUGGUGAAAUUACUAAUCAUUUGUUUGAAAACGUGAAAGUUCCACAUUCUGGACAAGAUUUACCCGCUUUAAAUAUUCAAAGAGGACGUGACCACGGUGUACCAUCAUACAACUCGUUUAGAGCAAGAUGUGGUCUUCGGCGGGCAAAUACCUGGGAAGACUUAACAAGAGAAUUUUCUCCGGAAGUUAUUGUCAGGUUCAAAACAAUAUAUGCUAGCCCAGAUGAUAUUGACUUAUUCCCUGGUGGUUUAAGCGAAUAUCCAGUGAAAGGUGGCCUCGUGGGGCCGACUUUUGCAUGCAUUAUAGGCUUACAAUUCAGACAUUUAAAACAAUGUGAUCGUUUUUGGUUUGAAACUGAUAACCCAUUGUUAAGAUUUUCUGAAGCUCAACUUGCAGAAAUUCGAAAAGCAACACUAGCUAAAAUAUUAUGUGAGAAUAUGGAUGUACCUAGUGAUUUGCAAAAGGCAGCAUUUGAUCAACCAAAUGAUUACCUAAAUCCACGUCUACCUUGUCCAGUAUUACCAACAAUCGACUUAACACUAUGGAAAGAUAAUCAACAAGGUUGCAAUAUUAAUGGUCAUAUUGUUGCAGUUGGUGAAUCACAUUUGCCUUCACCUUGUACUAGUUGUAUUUGUACAUCUGAAGGGUCUAACUGUGCUUCAUUAAGAGUUACUGACUGUGGUCGUUUGAUGAAUGAAGUCGGGAUCGAGAAAAUGAUGCGAGAUGAUGUUUGUGCUGCACAGUGUUCUGGAUUUGUCGAACAAAGUUUAUUGAGCUCAGAUCCUCUAAUAUUAUCAUCUAGACCAGAUGUGCCCUCAUUUUUAAUCCCUCCGGAGAGAGGUUCAAGGUUUUUAGAAGAUAUAGAUUUAUUACCACCUCCUCAUACAAUAAGAACUCGGCCAUUUAGAAGGUUAAAGGGUAGAAGAAGGCCAUUUAGGAAAAACUUUCAAUUUCCCGAGGAAUCAAUAAUUAUUUAAUUUGAAAUUAUUAUUAGUUUUAGUAAACCAUUAAGUAUUUACGUUUUAUUAAUUGCAUAAUAUUACCAACAGCUGAUGACAUCAUUUUUUAUACUUUAUAAAUUCUACUAUUUAUAUAGUUACAAUACCUAGUUCAUAAUUUUAAUUCAAUCAAUUCCAAUAAUUAUUGUGGUAUAAAACAAAUAAAUAAUGAAGGGUAUUAUCAUCAGAGCAAACAUACUAAAUAAUUAACAAUUCAUUAAAAAUAAUGCCAUUCUUUAGUAGGGAUAAUAAUAUAAUAAAUAUUUAUAAAUAGGUAAGUUUUUUAAAAUGUGUAUGUAAAUUAUUAGUAAUUUUAUUUAAAAUAAUUGCUCCAUAAAUAUUAUUAUAAAUACAACUUGAAAACCAUUGAAAGAUUAGUCAAGACUGUUAGUACAACAUCUAGUUUCGAUUUUUUUGUAAAACCAGAUGCAUUAAGAUAUAAAUCAAAUAAGUACUUACGUUUUCUAAUGGACUAAAAAGUAAAACAUGUUUUUCUUUUAUAGUUUCAAAUAAUAGUUUUCACAAAAAACAUAUUGUAUCAUAAAUAUUAA